UCUCACCUUAUCUUGCGGUUGAUAAGAUUACUUAUAGUGUCUUUACGUGGAGUGAUAACGGGUUUUAUCUAAUAAUUUCAUAUCACCUCCCUCAAUUAAACCAUUAUCAAAAUAAACAAUGCGUUUUCGCCGGUCCGUGUUGUGACGCAGGUGUUUUUACUGCUGGAUUCAAGGAUUUCGGUAAAGCUCAAUCAACAAGUGUUGGAGAGUUGUCUAACUGAUUCAUCAACCCCAGAAGGGGAACGUGAAGGAUAACAGAAUUGCCAUUGAAAAGAUGAGGCAAUCUACAGAGCUGGACAUGACCGGAAGCGCCGCGGUGGGGGAAGACCUGGCGGCGCGGGACGAGGACCGAGCUGCAGCCGACACUAUAGACCAGCUGAACAGCCAUCGCAGUCCCGACAGCGCAUGCGCAGAGGACAGCCAACCAGCGCCGGUGUACACUCACAGCAGACCUGCCAGCGCGGGCGGUGAAUACGUCCAGGACUACCGCGAUGACGUUUGUGACCUCCGCGUAACCGACGAGGGAAUGCACCGUGCAGCCUACCGCGAGGACGACAUGAUCUACCGCCAGUACCACCCUCAAUACGACAUGUUCCCCCAUGAGUACCACCAGAACAUGCAGCAGUACGAGAUGAAGAAGGACGAGAACGAGGACCACUACGAGGACAUACUCGAGUUGGGGGAUAAACGAAGAAAAUUGGACGUUUGUAGCAAUACGUCGGGUAGAUCUUCCGAACUGGACCACACCACCCCGCCUGUGUUAGAGUACCCGGACAACAAAGAGGGAUUGUUGGACUUGCAUCUGCCUCACAGAGAGAUGCCGAGUAAUAGCUUUGUACAUUUGACCGCCGCGCUGCACUCGCCGAGCUCCACCGGGGAUGCUGAGGAAGCUGGUGAGAUCUACCAAGGAGGUGACGCGCUGCAUAGAUUACAACCCUACCCGCAUCAGCACGAGGUUAUCCAGCACUCCAACAACUACCAGCAAUCCGGAAUGUACCCUUGCAGCAGCGCUGGCUACAGCAACCCCUCACUACAGUUGCAGUCUUCCUCGUACUUCCAGGGUUCGAGUCCUUCCAGCCCGCAGACUAUGUGGAAUCCUCAGCAACCUGGAGCAGAGGAGUAUUCUCCUCCGGCCAAGUACCCUCCCAACUCCGCCGCGUCGUCCUCCCUGCCUGCCUUCAAGACGCAUAGGUACACUCCCUACGGUAUAACAGGACGUCCCACGACCUCCUACCCGGCCCGCACCCCUGCCUACCUGACCAGUGCCCCCAGCGAGUCCUGGACCCCUCAGUACAGCGGAUCUCCUGAUGGUCAAUAUGGAAGCAGCGCACCUUCUCGUCCUACAUUGCCCCCUCAUGGCUUCAGUGCUGCUUCCCAGCUCAGUGCGAUUGAAGACGUCGAGUACUACAGUGAAGGUAGAGAAUGUGUCAACUGCGGCGCCAUCUCCACUCCUCUGUGGCGCCGCGACGGCACCGGACACUACCUGUGUAACGCCUGCGGACUCUAUCACAAGAUGAACGGCAUGAACCGUCCUCUGGUGCGCCAACCACGCCGGCUGUCCGCCUCUCGUCGUGUCGGACUGACUUGCAGUAACUGCAGCACGAGCGCCACAUCACUUUGGAGACGUAACACCUUGGGUGAACCUGUUUGUAAUGCUUGCGGUCUGUACUACAAACUGCACGGUGUAAACCGACCUCUAACUAUGAAGAAGGAUAGUAUACAGACCAGAAAACGAAAACCGAAAGGAAGUAUGAAGACGUCGGAACCUCCAAAACAACGCGUCAAGUUGGAGCAUGAAGAGAGUUACAAUCAAGAAUGCCGCACGGGAACUUCAGUGCUGAACCAUUCAGCUCUGGCAUAUAGCAGCCUGUAUGGAAACACAGGGGCCGGCUCGGUGGGACAAUACUACGACAUGCCCAUCACGAAGAACGAAGGAAACGACAUCCACGCAGAAAACCAACAACCUCACAUAGUCAGUUUGGCCAGCACCAAGGCGGAGCGGCCUAGUGUUGUAUCCAUCGUCUCGUAAAGAACACAAAGCGUAGCUUGAGAGAUGUUCAAACAUUUCACCCGAUCUUGAAAUAUGACUUGAUAAACACAAAGUCAUUAAAUAAUUAUAUAUUAAAUUAUAUAUGUUCUCUUAUAACAUCUCUACAAGAAAAUGGAUCUCUUAGAGGUAAUAAUAGUCUUGUGGGAUGAUGAUAGAAGUCUUCAGACGUAAACCUCUUUCGAGAUUUUAGGAUUGGGUGAAAGGGUUUUACACCAGAUUUUAUUUAGAGAUAAAAAUAUCUCUAACCCACAAAGUGAUUGCUUGUUUUUUACUUAAUGCUUAUAGAUUUAUGUCUAUAAAACUAUAAAUUAAAUGUACGAAUAUUGUACAAUUUCUUAUUUAGCUUUCAAUUGUGUUUGACUAUAGAUUUCAUGAGAAAGAAAUUGGUUAAACAUCCAUACAUUAACUAA